AAAUCUUGCACAGCUCGCACAGUUGCAGAUUUAACGUUGCCAAGCUAGGAGGGAGCAGCAAUACAGUAACUGGCACGGCUGGCGCACUGGGUUUAUUGUUUUUUUGUUGCUGUUGUUGUUGUUUGUUUGCCUCCCCCGUCCCUCCCUCCCGGGAGUGACGCACAAGUGCGGUGGAAAAGAACGCCCCAAAAGUGGUCGUUCAGUGGUAGAUUUUUCAGCGUAAAGCGGCGAAGCGUUUUUCCGUUCCGGUUCUCGUGGUGUCCUUCUCCUCUUAACUCGCGUUUGGUGGUGUUUUGCUGUAGACGUAGUAGAUUGGUCCUCCAAAAAAACCGAACCUGGUUUCUCUGGCGCCAACGUGCGCCAUAGUUCGGUAGUGUGUGGAAAGAUAGUGAAUAGUGUUUGCGUGAUUGUGCGGUACGGCGAACAGAUCCUUGAGCUUGCUUCAGUGUGCGUUUGUCGUGAAUGUCGUGAAUUCGAUUGCGUUUGUGUGUGUGUGUGUCUGUGAGCGACACCACCCCUGCAGUGACAAGUGUUUGUUGGGUGUUUGCGAGUGCAUGUGGGUGGAAGCAGUAGCGCUUGCUUGACCCCCUGCCCACUGCCGAGGCCGACAUCAUGCAUUUGCAUUUUGAGAAAAACUCCAACACAAGAUGCGACUGCCCGAUACUGUCACUGUCCUGGAUGGGCAAGGUGCCGGAUGACAUACCGGAGGAAGAAGGAUGGAAACUGAACCGUACCAACUACUACCAGGAAGGAUGGCUAGCUACGGGGAACGUACGGGGCAUUGUCGGUGUCACCUUUACGACAUCGCACUGCAAGAAGAACGUCGACUACCCGCUGCGAACAAAUUACAACCUUCGCGGGCAUCGAUCUGAUGUGAUCCUGGUAAAGUGGAACGAACCGUACCAGAAGCUGGCAAGCUGUGAUAGUUCCGGCAUUAUCUUCGUGUGGAUAAAGUACGAAGGCCGCUGGAGCGUGGAGCUGAUCAACGAUCGCAACACACCGGUGACGCACUUCUCCUGGUCGCACGAUGGCCGCAUGGCACUGAUCUGCUACCAGGACGGGUUUGUGCUGGUCGGGUCGGUCGCCGGCCAGCGGUACUGGUCGUCGAUGCUGAACCUGGACGCAACGAUCACAUGCGGCAUCUGGACGCCCGACGACCAGCAGGUGUACUUCGGCACUACCCAGGGUCAGAUCAUCGUGAUGGACGUGCACGGUGCGAUGGUGUCGCAGGUACCGCUCGGCUCGGACGUGGGCAUUACGGCGAUGGCCUGGUCGUGCGAGAAGUUCAAGAUGGAGGAGGGCGAAGACACGGAACCGGGCGUGACCAACGCGUCGAAGCGUAGCUUCGUGCUGGCGGUCAGCUUCCAGAACGGGUACAUCUAUCUGCUGAAGUCGUACGACGACAUCACGCCAAACCAGAUCCACACCGGCAUGAACGGCGAGCUGGGCAUCGUGAUGGAGUGGAGCAACUCGCGGGAGCUGCUGGCCGUGGCCGGGACGGAGCUGGGCAGCCCGCACAUGACUGAUAUCCAUGGUGCUACGGUGUACAACAAUCUACUCAAGUUCUACACCGAAUCUGGCAAUCUUCUCUACACCGCCAAAAUUCCCAAUAGUACGUAUCCAGUGUCUGCCCUCACGUGGGGUCAUAAUGAUAAGCGAAUCUUCAUAGCGACCGGUACGCAGGUACAUAUAGCGUGGGUUUCCCGACGGGUCGCGUCGUUGCAGCUGUUCUGUCGGCUGAAAGUUCAAACUUCGCUCGCUUCCGAAGCGCUGCUGCCAAGACUGCCCCUGCCCGGUCGGAUAAAGGCUCUGAUCGGCAACCUGUUUGCUCAAACCAUACGGUGCUGUGUUCCCGAUUUGAAGUCACUGCGUGAGUUUGUCUCGCGUCCGCCCGCCUGCUCGACGCGGCUCCACUGUACGAUGAUACGGCAUGAUGACGAUUCCAACCAGAGCUCAGGGACUUGCUACACGCUCUAUCUGGAGUUUCUCGGCGGGCUUGUGCCGCUGCUCAAAGGCAAGCGCACCUCCAAAAUACGGCCAGAAUUUGUGAUAUUCGAUCCUCAGGUUGAUGAAGUUUCUACAUACUGUACAUAUUCAUCUGAUUCGACAACCACUACGACUACGACGAAAAGCGCUUCUACGUCGAGUCACUCGACCACUGGCACGAACGGUCGAUCCGACAGCUCCGAGAGUGACAUUGACGACGAUUGCCGAUCACCACGAUUGGAUCGAAAACGAAAGACCGGGACGAAAAAACGCAACCCCAGCAGUAACGACCGAUCACCGAAUCAAAAUUCCGACUCUACGGAAAACAAUGAAGAUCUGGCUUAUCUCGACACACUACCAGAGCACGUAAAGUUAGUCGAGGUGACAUCCAACAUCUGGGGCACAAAGUUCAAGAUACAUGGGCUGGCGAAAACGCUACCGGCCAAUCUCGGACAGGUGACGUACAAAACGUCGCUGCUGCAUCUACAGCCCCGCCAGAUGAAGCUCGUAAUAACGGAGCUGCGGGACGACUUUCCCACCGGGCCGGAUCCUAACUUUAAUCCCAACAUUUUCUCCGAGGACGAGGAGGACCAGCAGCAUCUGCUGCAACAGCAGCAACAGCAGCAGCAGCACCAACACCAUCAGGCGCACCAGCAUCAAGGGCAGCACCAUGCACAGCACCAUUCCAAUGGAACGCACCACGGCCCCUCGUUGAUGUCGUCCGCGCGCGAAAGCUGCGGUGCGAGCGCACUCAGCCGAAAGUUGCUGACCGAAAGUGCCCCUCCGAUUGCGCCGAUGUCACCCCGACCGAAUCGAUUCCCGUCCCGGCCAAGACGCCAGCAGCAGCAUCAACCGUCCGCACUGGCCGGCUGCUCUGGCUCGUCCUCCGGUGGGCUGGCGCGCAAUGGCGUCCCAGGACUGGGACCAUUGGCCCGUGCGGAAUCGUACGAGGAUGAUACGGACGGCGGAGAGUCCACGACCGUCGUGGUGGUGAGCGAUCUGCACAGUGCUGCCGCACGUACACCGCCCCGGCAAAGCAUAGGGUACAGUCUCGUCAGCCGUCCAUCUUCCGCCUCCAGCAAUCAAUCGCGCGUCGCCAUCAGCCCGCUGUACUGCGAAGGUUCCGUGCCGACGCUGCAGUCGCCCAAGAAUGCCGUCGCACCGAGCGACAUCAUCUUUGACCGGCCGCCAGCCGGACAGACGACACUGAUGAGCUACUCGAGCAAUAACGACUACAUCGGCAGCUUGGUGCAGGUGAAGAAUGCGCUCGUUUCGUCCGACCAUCACCAUGGGCGCAGUACGAUGAGUGCCGGCAUGCCGCUAAACUUGAACCUUAAUCUGGAUCGUUCGGAGGCGGGUGGCCGUUCGCUGUGCACCAACGGGAGCAGUAGUGGGCGGGACUCCCAACCGAGCAGCGCACGGAGUACACCGAAAAAGCAAAACCUCAAGUUCAUCGACGAAGCGUCGACGCCCAGCACAUCGGCAAUGGCUGCAACCAUCGUUCCUAACCCGGUACAGGCUUCACCUAGUCCUGCCACGGCACCCGCACCCGCCAAGACGACCAGCACCGACUCGACGAACGGUCUUGAAACGCCCACGUCCGAAACGGUAGGCGGCGGAAUGCAUCGGACGCCCACUGUUGCCUCCAUGAUGACGUUUAUGCCUGCGGCCGGUUCUUCCAGCGGCACAGCAACGACUCGCAUUCCAGACUCGAUCACACGUAGCUGCAGCGUAGGCUACCUGGACAACAUGACGAUCGUGCCGGGCGAAGAGGCACUGUCCAUGAUGCGACGCGACGCACCCUACAAGCGGCUCGUACUGGUGGACAAGAAGCGCCAGAAGAAAUACAAACGCAACCUGGACGAGCUGCGCCAAGCGACGCGGUUACGGGUGGAUGCGAAAUCGAAAAGCCUUGACUCCUGCUCGGACAUUCUGCAGGAGGUGCCCAACCUGAACCGCGAUCUUAUCAACCUGUUCCGCCAGAUGCCGAAGGUGAGCGAACUGUCGGAGAACGAAACCGAAUACUCCUCGUCCGAUCAGCUGAUGGGCGGCGGAAAGCCUGGCCCGCUGAAGGAAGUGAACGGUGUGGUCACGCGCAAGGGUGCACCGAUGAAGUUUGGCCCGGGAGUGUCCGGCCCCGGGGGUUCCAAGACGCCGAUACUCAAUCGGAAAGAGAAGCCCAAAAGCUGCUCCGUCUGCAGACAGAUCUCGCCGACCGUUAACUCCACCGAACCGGUCUGUGUGAAGUGUCGCAAGAGCGGCAACAGCCAUCAGGAGGUGCCGGCUGAUGAGCUGAUGAAGAAAGACGCCACUCUGGGUGGUAACGCGACGACAUCCACUUCCAACGAGGCGCAUGUGAUAGCGAACGGACAUGAUGGGCCGGUAAGUGCUGGAAAGCCACCGCAGGCACCACCCAAAGCGAAGCGUACCACUCUGGGCCAAUACAUUCGCUCCGCGUGCAGCAACCACUACGGAGACCACUCGAGCGGGAAAGAUCCGACCGGUGCAGGCUCAUCCUCGGGGAAAGGGGGAGGCUUUUUCGAUCGAAAGUCCAACCACCAGCAGCAGCAGCAACAGCAGCAGGUGCCGGGCAGUGGUACCGAAUGUUCGGCAAGCACUUCCGAGCCGGCACCGGCUGCUCCGUCCAACAGUACACCAUCCCGCUCGGUCGCCAGGAUCGUGACGAGCUUCACCGACAGUCCGCUGUUUUCUCGCCGCAACCGGCAGCCGAAAGCGCCGGAUGCCGACUCGAGUAAACCGCAGAGCGAAUCCAACACGCCGAUUCUGCUGCGCUGGAAUGCAAACCGACACAACCGGCAGAGCAAGGCAGACUCGCUCGAUUCGCCGAAAAAGCAUCGCCGCAACGGUAGCUGCCCGGGACCGAGCAACGAGUCGACCGAUGGAGGGGAGUCGAUGGGCACGGCCUCCACGUCGUCGCAGACGGACGAACCACGGCCGGGUGGAUCGGGUGGCGGCCAUACCGGCCCGGCCGGGCUCAUUAGCAGAUGGCGGGAUAUGGAGGAGGGUGGCCGCCAGUCUACGCCACCGGCAUCGCCCGCACGGUUGGCGCGCAGUUCGCCCGCUUCGCCGACACCCAGCAAGAAGAGCAAACGGCACCAGAGCGCCUCACCGAUCAGGCACAUUCUGAACUCGCCGCUGCUAAACCGUCGCCAGCGGAAAAAGCAACACACCGAAAGCUCCGACGACGAGAAUGGUGGAAGUGGCGGUGGCAGUGGUAGUGGUGCUGGUGGUGCUGGCAGUGCUGGCCCAAAUCAUAGCAGCCCCAGCAACCAUACGGACGACAGUAGCGGCAGUACGAGCGCGAAACAGUACCGCGAUCUUGAGACGUUCCAGAAGGCUCAGCUGCGCCAGAAGCUGAAGCGUGGGAAAAUUGAACCGAACGGUGUGGCCAGCUCGUCCCAGUCGCCCGCACCGGUACGGCGCGAGUUUGUGAUGCACAACAAGGCCCCGAUGUGGAACGAGAACAGCCAGGUGUAUCAGCUAGACUUUGGCGGACGCGUUACGCAGGAGUCGGCGAAAAACUUUCAGAUUGAGUUCCGCGGCAAACAGGUCAUGCAGUUUGGGCGGAUUGAUGGCAAUGCGUACACGCUCGACUUUCAGUACCCAUUUUCGGCACUGCAAGCGUUCGCGGUCGCGUUGGCCAACGUUACCCAGCGGCUGAAGUAGGGUGCUUGGCUUCCAUUUUCGCAGCAAAUGUUGUAGCACACGCUCACAAACUUUGAAAUCGCCUUAAAACCAUUCAAAAUCCCCGCCCCCAAUACUCCGGUGAUCACGUGGAAGGACAAGCUAGACAAGCAUACGCAGGCAACCGAAAGGAGAGCUCUACAUAUCACAAGCUGCGUAGACGAGAACAGGCAGUGAAAGUUGUAGCAUUCGUGUGUGGUGUUACUGCAUGCGCUUCAUCAGACACAACCGGGUAUAGCUUGAUAUAUGUAUGAUGUAUCUGUAAAGCUUCAUUCCACUUCCCCGGUGUGAGCUUUAACCAUCGUUUGUCGUUCGCUGUUGUGGAAAACGUGCAUUCAUCCCCCUACCCGGCGCCCCAUCGCUGCAUCGUACUUUACCUUUGUCUGUAUUAUAUUUCGCCGUCUCGUCACAUCCAUCAACUCCAUCUAACCGCCAACACGUUACUACUCCCCAUGUCGAUCGUUCUCAUCGUAUCACAUAUCAUUAACAUUAGUAUAAUAAUGCAUAAGCAAAUACAAAACUCAUCAUCGUAAUACGGUCGCUAUAGGGAGAGAAAGAGAGAGAGAUAGAAGAACGCAAAGGACGUCAGAUUCGAAAUGUACUUACAAGAAAACGGAAGUAUAGUUGCCAGAAGCCUUGCAUUCGGUAAGUGGCAUCUGGAUGGGGAAUGGGGAGGGAUUUUUUAAACACGCAUGAGCAAGUUAGAAGCUUUCCUGAACACUAGUUGAGGCGAUGCUGCCGUGCAGCGGAGCUAGGGCGGAAAUAUACACUAACGGUUUUUUGAUAGGAACGAUUCAAACCUGCGGACCCGAACUCGGACACAAUUAAAAUGCCACGCUACCAAGUGGCGCCAACGUUGUUAGAUAAACAUCCAAAAACUUAGCUAAAAAUCAAGUUUGUUUUUUAUAAACGAAAUGUGCUGUGCCGGCAAACGACAAACGCAAAAACCCAACCCGCGAAAGCGCGCCGUGCGUUACAACGCGUUACUUUUCGCGAUGCGCUAACACGUUGCGGAAUAAGUUCCGCCGAUCGGCGUGCAAGCAUAACGUCCACUACCUAAUGCUUGGUUUUAGUAUAUUCUCGCUUUAGCUAUUGUGGUGUGGUGCAACGUUUACGCUAUUUCUAUCACACUUUAUAAUCUUUGUUGUUACCAUGUCUUUAAACGCUUUGAAACGCUUUUCUUUUAAAAAGCUAAUAUAAUCUCCACCGUGUCUUCUAGUCUCUAGACCAGCCAGAGUCGCGUAAGACCACACUCUUGUGUGUCGCGAGAGUGUGUGUAUGUUUUUUUUAAAUAUUAUUUGUUAUUGUACUUAGAACAAAAGCAAUGGGGAUUGAAACAAAUCAGGGUGGUUUUUUGUAGCAAAUGUAAAUAAUAUGCUAUGAAAGCAUUGCAAUUUUGUAUCGAUACAUGAUAUCAUGAGCAUCCAGCUCCACUCGGUCUCGUUGUAUAUAUCAUCGAUGCGUGUACAUGUGUAUGUUGUGCGUAGUUCAAUUGCCAUUGAUAGUCAUCCAUUACCAUUUGUGUGCACUCGACGUUACGCAAGGCCCAAUACACGCUUAUCCGUAAACUGUUUUUAAACUCGUAAGAGUGUUUUUAUUUUAAAAUUUGCUCAUAGUUGUAAGAUACUUGUUGGUAUGUUUACAUUAGUUUGAGUUGAUCUCUGCAAGGGCUCGGCCAUCUUAUAACUAUUCCAAGUGCUUUGUAAAACCGCUUCCGUUAUAUUUCCUUUCCCCGUUUGUUUGUUUAUGUUGCUGUUUUGUGCAACAAUAAUGUUAUGAUUUGGAUUUAUAAUCAUUGUUUUUUUUAUAAAACUGUAUUCUCUUUUGUCCUUGUAUACACUAUCUUGCUACUACUGGCUGUACCAUUUUCUAGUCCAUCGCUUUUCGCUGCUUGUUGAAAUGUCAAAUCUAGUCAAAACCAUACAUUUAUAAACGAUAAAAAACAGGUGCAUCGUGAUUAGUUUAAAUUGCUCCUAACGCUUUUCCUCACACACCUAAACAUUUGCAACACUACUACUGUCUUUAUGGUGGAUUUUUUGAAUGGAAAUCGUUGUCAAUGUGUAAACCUAAAAAAACAGUUUCAUUUCCAUUUAGCACGCCCUACAUAUCCACCCAACGUCAUAUUAUUACUAAGCAAAACAAAAAGAAAAAUAACAAGACAAGACAAAAUACAAAAGCCAAAUAUGAAAAUCCAUCCAACGGUGUAUCGUUUGCAUAUCGCUCGCGUACGCAUACAGGUUUACAGUUUUGUUUGCUAUGCUUUUUUUAUACCGUGAGAAAAAAAACUGUAAUAACACACACACACAAAUAGUUAAACAGCAAACGAGCAAGCAUGUAAUCAAUGUUGACAUAAGAAAUGUUUUACACUGCAUACGUCCGCCAUGUGGCUGCCAGUUGUUCCCGAAAAAAAAAGAAGUAGAGCGCGAAGAAUAGUAGAAGAGCAGAUAAGUAGUGGGGUAAACGAACUAAGAAAAUAUUUUUAACACCAUAAAGCAUAGGGAAACAAAAUACAAAAAUACUCAAAAAUUAUGUUGUAACCAACAACAGCAGUGCUACCAACCUUUGUACAUAUUUUGAUUCGUCGUUGUACAGUGGCCGGUAAACUUUUCGUGCAAUAAUACCUUAUUAUUUGAGGCUAACAAACUCUACAAAAGCUAGAUGUUUUUUUUUUGUUAUCUAUGUUAAUACAUAAAACAUAUGCGUGAUGCAACUUUCUACCCAAAACGCGGCGCACUUUACGCUUGGCAUGGGGUUUUGUUACAUUUUUUACAACCAAUAAAAGAGCCUACUGUAUAAUUCCUUCGUAACACAUCCAUCCAGCUUGACGAGACUUUCUUUUAGUGUGCAGGAUGGCAGGCUUUCGAGAUCUGCGUACGGCGACACCGCUCCAUUAGACGAAACACAUACUACACGUGGGCUGCGGAGUACGCUAUGAGCAAAAUCAUGUUUUUACUUUAGCUUCGGAAACGAGCAUUUGUACGCAAUUACAACAACACUCAAGCGAAGGGGAAGGUCGUGUGCGAUGAACUUAGAUAAGGUAAAAAACUGUACACCAACUGUGCGUGUAAUGUAGCGCAUCGCAUUUUGGCCAGAUGAAUAGCUUUCGAUAGGUGGAAUGUAUUUGCUUAUGGGGAAGUUGGUUUAUAUACGGCGGUGCAAUUUGGAAUUGGCUAGGAUACAAUAGGAUUCUAGUAAAAUGAAAUGUAAACUGAACAUAAAAAUCACGACCGAAGAUAUAGAGCAGAGCGACGACGACGAACGGAAAAGAAAGUGGCAUUAACCGUAACACAUUUACCAAUUGCCACCUGGAGCUUGCACGAAACGAUUAUAUGGAUGCGAUAAUAAAGACAUACCGUUCAAUGUUCGAAAAAGUAA